CAUUCGAUACUCAGUACAUGAGAUUUUACUUAUAGUUGUGUUUUUUUGUUUUAGGUUCUUCUGGAAUGCGGAUAUUAUCUAGAAAUGAUUUAUUUGCUAUAAUUGAACGCUCAGAUAGCUCAACUUUUAACGAAAAGUUGCAAUUUAUGGAGCACGAACUACUGAAUCAAUAUACAGAAAAUGACCACAAUAUUCCUGACAUAAAGCAUAAACUGUCUCAAAUCAAGCAUCAAUUUAAACAAAAAUGGUCAGCUGCUCGCAAUACAAAAGCCAGAUUCCUAGAUAACAACGUCGAGUGGCUCAAAGGAUGCAUAUCUCUACCGAAAGCAGGAAUAAGUCCUGGUCGACCUCAAAAAACUUUCUUAGAGUUGAGCGAAAGAAGCAAAAGACGUAAAACAGAAGAACUUAGAUCGUUAAACACAGAUGAAUUAACAUUUGCAACACAGAUGAAAUUACGGGAGACAGGCAAAUUAGAAGCGUCAAAAGUCGUAAAAGACUUAACAAAAAGCCCUAGAAGAGCAAAGAAAUAUAUAACGGCGCUGAAAAAAAAUACUGUUACUUGUGAAGACGAUCAGGAGAAAUUAAACAACCUAACACAUUUACGUGCCUUGUUUAUGUACACGGAAGCGGGAUUAACACAGGCCCAAUAUGAAAUAGUCCGAGAAACCAAUCCAAGCUAUUAUCCAUGCUAUUCUAUAUUACAAAAGUGUAAGAAAGAAUGCUAUCCUGAAAUUCAUCGUGUCACUGAAACAUGCGGUGAAGUAAGGGUUCAAAACCUAAUGGAUCACACGGCACAACGACUGAUUUUAUAUCUUGGUGACGCAAUGGAACAAUUAAGUGAAAUUGAUAAACAGUCGCUAGUAUUAAUAAGCAAAUGGGGCUGCGAUGGGUCUCAACAGAUGCAAUACAAAAUGAAAUUCGAAAAUGAAGCCGAUUCUGACGCUAACAUAUUUCAAAGUUCAAUGGUACCGCUUCAGUUGGUUUAUGGGCCAGGACGAAAAAUUCUGUGGCAAAACCCUACGCCAUCUUCGCCACGUUAUUGUCGGCCAAUAAGAAUAAGGUUCGCAAAAGAGUCGACAGAUGUGACAAACGAAGAAAUUGAGUAUAUAAAGUCUCAAAUAAAAGAGCUCACUGAAAGCGAAGUUAAUGGUUUUUCCAUUAAACAUAAGCUGCUUUUCACCAUGGUCGAUGGGAAAGUGUGUAAUGCAGCUACAAAUACCAGAUCGACGAUGAAAUGCUACAUAUGCGGCCUCUCUUCAACUCAAUUCAAUGAUUUGGAUAAGGUGAUGCCAAACAAAGAAGGAACUUUGGAAUUCGGGUUAUCUUUGUUGCAUGCUCGCAUAAGAUUUUUUGAGAGCAUUUUACAUGUGGCCUAUAGAUUGCCCGUAAAAAAAUGGAGGAAACGCUUGACUGCCGAGGAAAAGCAGCUAAUAGAAAAUAGAAAAAAAGAAAUCCAAAACAAAUUCCGGGAGCAGCUCGGUCUGUUGGUGGAUAUACCAAAAGCCAACUUCGGCAAUACAAAUGACGGCAACACGAGUAGACGCUUCUUUGAGAACUUUGAAGUAUCGGCAGAAAUUACUGGGAUAGAUUUAAAUUUAAUUUACCGAUUAAAAGUGAUUUUGGACACAAUGUGCAGUGGUUUUAGAAUAAAUGUGGAAGCGUUUGAGAUGUAUUGCCAAAAAACGGCUGAGUUAUACGUGAACUUGUAUGAGUUCUACCCAAUGACUCCGACCUUACACAAAGUGCUACGUCAUGGGUCCCAGGUGGUAGCGGAAGCCAUUCUUCCCAUUGGACACUUUCCGAAGAAGCGCGAAGCGGCAGAAGCCCGCAACAAACAUAUAAGGAUGUUCCGACUGAACUAUACACGGAAGUUUUCCCGGGUAGCCUGCAACGUAGAUGUUUUGAACAGACUGCUAUUAACAUCUGAUCCUGUCCUGACAGGCAUGAGAACCAGGAAAAAUAAAAAUAAACAUCCACUUUCUGCUGAUGUCCUGAAUUUAUUGUUAGAAAGUGACAUUGCCAAUGUAAGCUUUGAAGAAAAUGACCAAUAAAAGUUGAAAUAUAAUACUUAAUGUCUUUUUUUUACCUUCUUAACUCUAAAACCUAAAUAACAAAUGGUUAGGAGGCCAUUGGGACAAAAAAAUAUUUUUGGCCAACUUUUAGGGUCAAAUACCAGUCUGUGCGUUCGUUUCUGUGUGGGGUCGCAAUUCUAACCUAACCGAAACCUAAAAUUGUUACAACAGAAAAAUGUAUUAAAGUAAUACGUCGAACAAAUGAAUUGCAAUGUUUAGUAGUUGUGCCAAUUAAAAUAAUUUGAAACGAAUCAGCGAUCAAAUAAUAUUCGAUGAAUAGUAUUUCUACGCAGUAAGAAAAAUUUAAAUAAAUAGUAUAUGAAACAAAAUAACGCCAAACAAUAUUACUAGUACUAACGUUUCGAUGAAUCGUUGUCGAUGAAAUAAUAUUCGAUGAAAAGUUUGUCGGCAAAACAAGGGUACACCAAUAGAUGUAGCUCGAAAAGCGGCCAAGUUAAAGUGGGACUGGGCUGGUCAUGUCUGCCGCAUGCCGAUUAUGCCGAAUGACUUAUGGGCCAAGAUAACCACGGAAUGGGUGCCCCAUGAGUCGAA